CCAGCGUCGCCCAUGGCAUUCUCCGGCAUGCCCCUGGCCGUGCUCUCUUGCCUGGCUCUGCUCGCCGCGGCGGGCGCGCGCCGGCCGGAGCCGGAGCCGGCGGCGCUCUCGCCCGCGGCGCCGCCUGACGUGGCCAGCCUGGCGCGGCGGCUGGAGGGCGAGGGGUCGCAGCAGUGCUGGGAGGCGCUGGUGGACAUCAAGUCGUGCACGGGCGAGAUCAUCCUGUUCCUCCUCAACGGCGAGGCGUACCUGGGGCCCGGCUGCUGCCGCGCCAUCCGCGUCAUCGAGCACAGCUGCUGGGCCGCCGACGCCAUGCUGUCCGUCAUCGGGUUCACCCCGGAGGAGGGGGACAUGCUCAAGGGCUACUGCGACGCAGGCGACGACGGCGGCUCGCCGCCGCCCCAGCGCGCCGUCGCGGCGGGCGGCGGGAAGGAAGAGCGCCUCGACGCACCACUGAUCGUGCCGGCUCGUGUCCACGCCCAAUCGCCCAUGCUUGCUGGAGCAGUAGCGGUCAAGUUUCUCGUGAGAUAAAAUGCUUGGGUGGCAGCCGGUGUCGGCAUUAUCUUGGUCUGCCUGACUGCUACCACCAAAUAAUUUGUCUUCGAGAAAUUUUGGCCUUAUACGAGAUAAAUAAUAGGUGAACCCGGCAGACUACAAUUUUGAACUCAAAAUUCACAGGUUGUGCGUCCAAGGACUUUUGCAAUCAAAUCAGUAUAUCAGUUAAGCUCUCUGUCUCGCUAGUCUUUACCACGAAAGCGACGUAU